AUGUUUAUUGACGUUCAGAAUAUUCAACCAGCCACUGGGCUGGGGCUCCUUGUUGCCAUCCUCGUGUUUGUGAAGCUCGCGUCCGUCAUUCAUACGGCUUACUUCUCGCCCCUCGCCAGGGUCCCUGGGCCCGCACUCGCGAAGGUGACUGACCUCUGGCUCCUCUGGCAACUGUACAACUACCGCAAAUGUCCGGCCCUCGAAGAUUGCUUCAGAAAAUAUGGGUCGAUCGUGCGGAUCGGUCCUAACAAGCUCGCCGUCAAUUCGGAGGAGUCGAUGAAAAUCUGCUACGGCGUCGGCACCAAGUUCACCAAGAGUCAAUGGUACAAAUCCUUUUGUUUCCUCGGCUGGAAUUCAGUCUUCACUCUCCUCGAGAACAGGGAGCACUCCGAGCGCAAAAGGAUCACCGCGCGGUUGACGAGCAAGACGAGCGUCAUGGAGCAUCUGCCGGAGAUCAACGAACACAUCAAGGGGUUUCUCAAUCUCAUGCACCAGCGGGCGAACCAGGUCGUCGACAUCAUGUGUGUGUAUCGGUACCUGGCUCUUGACAUUGUCGGAUCUACCACAUUUGGGCGCGGCUUCGGCCUCAUGAAGACGGGCCUUAGCCACCCAUUCAUCGACGAUCUUGACGCUGUGGUCAUGACGUUCCCGCCGCGCGGAUACCUGUCCAAGUGGGUGUGGAUGGUGGCCAAGAGAAUCCCCAACAAGCAGUGGCAGCACCACAUUGCCGGCGAGGCCAGACUCUGCUCUCACUCGGACGUGGUCAUUAACGAGCAAAUGGAGUAUGCCAGGACCCACGGUGGCAAGCUGAGUCCGGAAUAUCUCAAGACAAUCGUCGGCGCGUAUAUCGACCAUCGCGACGCCAACGGCCAGCCGCUUCCUCGCGGGUGUAUCACGUCGGACAUUGCGACAGUUUAUUUCGCCGGCACCGACACGACCAGCAUCUCACUCUCGUUCCUGACCUGGGAACUGGCAAGAAAGAAAGACCUGCAGAAGAAGCUGUACGACGAAGUGCGUGCCCAUUUUCCCGACCCGUCGCAGGUUCCUGCGCUCGCGGACGCCGAGACAUGGCCGUACCUCAACGCCAUCAUCAAGGAGGCCCUGAGGCUCUACCCGGCUGCGCCGUCGCACUUGGAACGCGUCGUCCCUCCAGGCGGCGCCACGGUCGAAGGCAAAUGGCUGCCGGAAGGAACCGUCAUCGGCGUCCAGGCGUACUCCAUCCAGAGAAAGCCCGAGGUCUUCCAUGAGCCGGAGCAGUUCAAGCCAGAGCGAUGGUUCAACGAGACUGACUCAAUGAAGCGGUGCCUCAUGCCGUUUGGCCUGGGGGCGCGCGCCUGCCCCGGCCAGCACAUCUCGUACAUGGAGAUGCGGCUGGUCGUGGCCAUGCUGGUGCGCAAUUUCGAAAUAGGCUUGUCCCCGCUGUACGACCCCAAGGAUAUGGAUGUCAAGGACUUUUGGCUGCUGUUCCCGGCGGCGAAGAAGUGCGAGGUGGUUUUGAAGCCACGCGAGUCUUGA